ACUUCCGGGUCCGGUGCUGUUAGUAUACAAGUUCAUCGUCAACAUCACAUGAAUGAGUCUUAACCUAAAUUUCUAUAAAUAAAUAAUGAACACGGUGUAAUGUUAUAAAUAGAUUUACUUAACGUUUCUUUCAGAGUAAAAUUUACUGUAAACUGAGAUCUAAAGAUGGCUGGAUUUUUCUCAAAAAAACCAACAGUACAAGAACAAAUAAGAACAAAUGACAGAGUUCUUAGGAAACAGACGAGGGAUUUGGAAAGAGAUAGGGGAGCUUUAGAAAGAGAAGAGAAGAAAUUGGAAAUGGAAAUUAAAAAAGCAGCAAAAGCUGGCAAUAAGCAAGCAGCAACGAUUCUUGCAAAGCAAUUAGUAGCCUUGAGAAAGCAGAAAACCAAAAGUUAUGCAAUGGGUUCAAAAAUUUCUUCUGUUGGUAUGCAGCAAAAGGUUAUGCAUUCUAAUUUGAAAAUGGCAAAUGCAAUGGCCACAACGACAAAAACUAUGACUCAGAUGAAUAAAACUAUGGAUCCUAUGAAGACAGCAGCUAUGAUGAGAGAUUUUGAAAAGGAAUCUGCCAAAAUGGGAAUGACUGAAGAAAUGAUUGAGGAAACACUGGAUGAUAUUUUAACUGAAUCAGGGGAUGAAGAAGAACAGGAUGCUAUUGUAAACCGUGUAUUGGAUGAAAUUGGCAUUGAAAUCUCAGGAAAGCUCAUUGAUGCCCCAGCAGCUCACAGAGGGAAAAUUGGAAAUUCCACAAGUACAGCAGAUGCUGACAUAGAGAGACAAUUAGCAGCCUUAAAAGAUUUAGAUUAGUGACUGUGAGUGUAUGUAGUAUUUUUCUUGCUGUGAACAUACCUUGGUGUCUCCACUGGUAGAAGCUGAAUGUUUGUGCCCAUCAAGGUGAAAAAUAGUUUUUGAGUGCUCUGCUUCCUGAUUGUUUAACUGUUUGGCCCAAAAUUAUGCUGAAAUUGAUUUUGUUCAAAACGUGAAAUACUUUUUUUCCCAUAUAUGUAUAAAUGUGCCACACUACAGUUAAAGGUAAAACUGAUUUAAACUUUAUGCAAUACAAAUGCAUUUAAUCACCCAAUAUUGAUGCAAUAGCAUGCUUAAACUUUCAGUUUCUAAAUUUUCUUAAAAUAGAACAAAAUAAAUGUUUCAGAAAUUAUAAAUUACUAAAACCUAAUAACUGUGUUGACCUAUUUUUGGAAAAUAAUAUUCUUCAAAAAUGUAAAAAUAGUUGUAAUUGUCGUCUGUCCUGCAAAGUAAUACAAGUAGAUGUACAUAUUGCAUUUGGAUUGAUUGAUGUUGAAUGAUAUGGUUUAUAAACUGAUUGUAACAAAUCAAAACUCAUAAAGUUGUGAAAGAAUGGAAUAUUGUACAGCCUUUAAAGUAUUGUCAAUUUAAACUGCUCUGAUGUUUUACUAUAUAAAAGAACAUUCAGACUAAUAAAAGCCUACACACAAGAGUACUUUCAUCUCAAGUUAAAGUCCUAUCAAUUUUCCAAACUUCAAUGUAAUGCAUUACUGCUUUACAUCAUUUUACUAUUUUUAUGUUUUGUAUUUUAUUAUAGGUACUGUAUUAUUAAUAAAUUAUUAUAUUUUGUUUCUUGUAUUAUCAGAAACUAUCAAAUAAUUUUUCUUCUUCCUUCCAUCAUGCUAUUCGAAGAAGUGCCUUUGUGGCAUGCGCUGUUUCACCCCAGUGUUUUGUUUAGCUGUCAAGAAUACACUUUAACUUCUAUAGAUUUUCUUUCCCCUGUUUUAAAGUAGAUCUAUAAUUUUUUUAAACAUACCAUGCAUACAAAGAGAAAAGGAUUUUAAAAAUGUACAUCUCCUAUAUUCAAAUGCAUUUAUCAUUUUAAAUAUUUAAUCCAAACCAUCCUUCGCAAGUUGGCAAGUUUCUUGCCAUUAAAGUAAUAAAAUAUUCCAGUUUUAAAGAAACAUACUAAUUAAAUGCUAAUAUAUUUAUAAAACAAAGUAGGCCUAAUAAUAAACACAAAUUAAACUUUUUGUUGGAGUUUCUGUUAAUAACAGAUUGUCGGCAUUUGAACAUUUAAUUUGUUUCACUUUUUUAUUUAAUAAUAGAGGUAAUAAUAUUGCAAUUUUUAAAAAAUAAUUGAAUACCAAUUCUAGGAUUUAGUUUUAAAAAAAAAGGUUUAUGAGAACCUGAACGUCCAGAUGCAUUUUUCAAAGUUUUAAGAGGUUAUCAAUCUCUAUCAUCUUAUUGCUAGUCUUGGGUUAUUCCAUCAUUUUUCUAUCUAAAUGGUUGAUUUUUAAACAUCAAAAUUUCUCCUACAAUGCCUUCAUCACUUAAAUAGUUUUUAAGUACAUUUUCUAAAUUAAAAUAAAAAUCAACAGGUAAUUGUGAAGUUACAUUUUGAUAUAAUAUUUUAAAAUAAAUAUAAUUUAAAUUUUUCCUCUAGUAUUUUUCAUAUAAUUAAGUAAAUUAAUUUUUAUACAUUGUUUAUUCUUUUUCAUCUUUAUGAAUCGGUCUUCUAUUUGAACUGAAAAUAUGUUCAUGAAAUAUUAUUUGUGUGAUAUUUCCAAUGCUGAAUGGUGUUGGCCUUCUAGCUAUGCCUUGUAUUUUUUCUAUCUAUUUAUCUAUUUAAUCUAUCUUUUAAACUGAAAGACCGGAAUAAAUGGAAGGUAAUGCCUAAA